GACAGCAGACACCGGCUGAAGUGGAGGCAAGAUGCGGACACACGGGAUACCGCUGUCAUCUUGUUUACAAUAAUUAGCAUUCUCAAACUUUUGAGUCGCGGUGUUGGGUGUGUGUUGUAUUUUAAGCGUCUUUUGACCCUUUAUCCAGUAAGACUGCGAACUAGACGAUUUGCUAGCAAGCUAACAAGAAGAGUUGGAAGGCAACCAAAGCAGUUAGCAGCUCUGCUAAAUCAUGCCUCCCAUCGAGAAUGACUCCGGGCGGGCAGAACUUAAAUCCCGAAUACAGCAGCUGAUUGAUUCUAACCCAGUGUUGGUUUUCAGCAAAAGUUACUGCCCUUUUUGUGUCAAGGUGAAGGAUCUCUUUAAGGAGCUCAAUGUGAAAUGCAAUGCCGUGGAGCUGGACUUAAUGGAGGAUGGCUCCAACUACCAGGACGUGCUGUUGGAGAUGACUGGUCAGAAAACGGUCCCCAAUGUCUUCAUCAACAAGACUCACGUCGGCGGCUGUGACAAAACCUUGCAGGCCCACCGCGACGGCCUUCUGCAGCAGCUGCUGUGUGGCGAGAACGAGACCUACGACUACGACCUCAUCGUCAUCGGCGGGGGCUCGGGCGGCCUGGCCUGCUCAAAGGAGGCGGCCAUGAUGGGCAAGAAGGUGAUGGUGCUGGACUAUGUGGUUCCCACGCCGCUAGGCACCACCUGGGGCUUGGGGGGCACCUGCGUCAACGUGGGCUGCAUCCCCAAGAAGCUGAUGCACCAGACGGCUCUGCUGGGCACCGCCAUGCAGGACGCACGCAAAUUCGGAUGGGAGAUCGACGAAUCGGUGAAGCAUAACUGGGAGACCAUGAAGACAGCAGUGAACAACUACAUUGGCUCGCUCAACUGGGGUUACAGAGUGGCCCUGCGGGAUAAGAACGUCAACUACGUCAACUCCUACGCAGAGUUUGUCGAACCCCACAAAAUCAAGGCCACUAACAAGCGGGGCAAGGAGGCGUUCCACACAGCGGCCAAGUUUAUACUGGCCACAGGGGAGAGGCCUCGUUACCUGGGCAUCCCCGGGGACAAGGACUAUUGCAUCACCAGUGAUGACCUGUUCUCGCUGCCCUACUGUCCUGGGAAGACACUGGUGAUUGGAGCGUCCUAUGUGGCCCUGGAGUGCGGGGGGUUCCUGGCUGGCCUGGGGUUGGACGUGACUGUAAUGGUACGGUCCAUCCUGCUCCGCGGGUUCGACCAGGACAUGGCCAAUCGGGCCGGAGAACACAUGGAGGAACACGGGGUCAAAUUCCUGCGGAAAUUUGUCCCUGUUAAGGUGGAGGAGCUCGAGAAGGGCACCCCUGGCCGUCUCAAAGUCACGGCCAAGUCCACUGAGGGCGACGAGAUCUUUGAGGGAGAGUUCAACACUGUGCUGAUUGCAGUGGGCCGUGACGCCUGCACAGGGAACAUUGGCCUGGACAAGGCUGGCGUCAAAGUGAACCCAAAGAAUGGGAAGGUCCCGGUGAGUGACGAGGAGCAGACCAACGUGCCGCACGUCUACGCCAUCGGCGACAUCCUGGAGGGCAAGUGGGAGCUGACGCCCGUGGCCAUCCAGGCCGGCAAGCUGCUGGCACGCAGGCUCUUCGCCGGCGGCACACUGAAGUGUGACUACGUGAACGUCCCCACCACGGUGUUCACCCCACUGGAGUAUGGCUGCUGUGGCCUGUCGGAGGAGAAGGCCCUGGAGCUGUAUGGACAGGACAACCUUGAGGUCUACCACAGUUUGUUCUGGCCGCUGGAGUUCACAGUACCCAACAGGGACAACAACAAGUGCUACUCCAAGAUCAUCUGCAAUAAACUGGACAAUGAACGCGUGGUGGGCUUCCAUUACCUGGGCCCGAACGCCGGCGAGGUGACUCAGGGCUUCGGCGCUGCCAUGAAGUGUGGCAUCACCAAGGACCAGCUGGACAACACCAUCGGCAUCCACCCGACCUGUGCAGAGAUCUUCACCACACUGGACGUGAGUAAGAGCUCGGGUGGAGACAUCACACAAGCCGGCUGCUGAGGUUAAACCCUGCUAGUUUAAUGAGCUGCCCCUUCUGCUCUUAGAUCAGCCUUUGCGCUCACACACACACGUUCUCACACACACCUCUCUGCUAGGCCCUCCUCACCCAUGACUGCCCCCAGGUCAGUGCAGCCUCAGGUUAUCCAUCCCCAAUCCGACACCCUGACUAUAACCACUCAGAUCAGACCAAGCUAGAUAUUCUAGCAAGACACGGGUGAAGUUUCUUCAAAACAAAUGUGCUCUGCGGGGGCCAGUGCUUCAGAACUUGACUCGUCCAGGUCCACGCUGACGUCUGCGUGUGUUUCGGCUCCUCCCGCAAGUCAGACUGUCCGUCCCGCCCACCGUUUGGCUGGAGCUGAAUCGGGUGGCUCUGAUUGGUCAGGCCGGCGGGAGUCCGAACAGCGCGGCGUCCCGGCGGGACCUGGCGCGGAGAAGGGCCUGGUGAGGAGGUGUGAGGGGUGAGGUAAAAGUGUGGUGAUGUGUCGAGGGGCAGCUCGUUAAACAGCGGGGUUACUCUGCUGCUGGCCAAAUCCUCGGAUUCGUUCUCAGACGCGUGCCGACGCUCGGGCGCUCUCUCGCCGAGACCGGUGCUUUAUGAUGUCUUAGCCCUUAACCCAGCUACUGCGGUGGGCUAGGACUGAUGUUCUUCUGGAACGAGUUUAUAGAGGUCGAAUUACGUCCAAUUCUUACACACACACACACACACACACACACACACACAUAUAUACACACACACGCACACACACACACACACACACACACGUGCAUACAUACUAAUGUCCUUGUUUGUAGAUCUGGUACACCAGAGUCAAAUUAAUUGGAGGGUCAGGUUCUCUUUGACUUUGAGUCCUCCUGUUGGUUUGUGACUGUAGGCCCAACAUUCCAGGUAGUGUUUUAACAUCACUGUCGAAACGCGUUAAAUUAUUCAUGUGUUUGUUUUGUUUUGUGGGUCUACAACUACAUGCAUCAGGUUUGCAUCAGGCAUUUCUUUUCUUCCCUUCAACCAAACUUUGUGAACCAAAUGGUGCAUGUUGGGACUGGAGUAAAAUCAGGACAAUAUCUAUCUCUCAAACACACACACUGACACACACACACACUCGCAUAUCAUGGGCACACUCAGACAUGAACACACUGUUAUUUUUAAUAUUUGUCAUUCAAUUCUCCCUGUUCUUGCCGCUUCGCAACGCACUUAGAUAUGUCUAUAAGAUAUAUUUAUAUAUAAGUAUAUGGUAUUGAAACAUGGAUGAGGCUGAAUGUUCAUGUUUGUUUACUUAACUUUACUUAAGUAAACUAAAAGUAAAUUAAAGAACACCUUUCUGAUUGCGUUUUCAUUAAGGAGUUUAGCAUUUACCCGUUUGUAUCUGUUUAUUUGCCACUGGCAUGUGUGUUUAUAUAAUGUAUCUGAUCUUGUAGCCCUUCUGAUUGUUUAAGGACAGUAUUUAAAAGGUAUAAUUUCUGCUGACGUGCUGUCACUUAGCAACAACGCCAGUCAAAUGUACAAAUGCGCCUUUCCAUGACAUCACUGUUCUGAGUAAUCUCUUAAUAAAAGUUAUGUACACAACACC